GCUCUUGCUCUGUAUACCUUAGAAAGAAUAUAUCAUGGCUGACGUAUCCGAUUCUGCUAUCGCGGAGGCGUACGCCGACGUAAGGGACGACAAGAGCGAGACGAACUGGAUGCUCGUAGCGUAUGAAGGGGACAAAGGGGACAAGCUCGUGCUUGGCGCAUCAGGGAAUGGGGGGUUGAAGGAAUUAGCAGAAGCGUUCGAUGAUGGGCAAGCCCAAUUCGCCUACUGCAGAGUAAACUACUCGAACGACCCCCACUCCACGCGCGAAAAGUUCGUCUUCGUCACCUGGAUCGGCCCUGGCACGCGAGUGAUGCGCAAAGCCAAGGUCUCCGUCCAUGCGGGGGACGUGAAGCAGGUCUUGAGGCAGUACUCGAUCGAAGUCGCUGCUAGGGAGAGGGGUGACCUGGAGGAGGGACCUAUUGUUGUCCGCUUGCGGAAGGCAGGAGGGGCGAGCUAUGAUGGUGUAUAG